CUUGUCACCAUGCAGAUAUUACUUCGUGCCAAGUAUUUUCAGGGCCUAGCAAUUCCUUGUUCUUUGAGAGCAUUGCAUAAAGAUUAUAGAACAGUAAUCCCUCAGGAUUUCUCCAACUAUGAAUCCAUGAGGCAGGACUUUAAACUAGAGAUUCCAGAGUAUUUCAACUUUGCUAAAGAUGUCCUAGACCAAUGGACCAAUAUGGAAAAGGCUGGAAAGAGACCUUCCAAUCUAGCCUUCUGGUAGAUAAAUGGAAAUGGAGAAGAAGUGAGAUGGAGUUUUAGAAUGGGAUCUUUUUCAAGGAAAUUUGCAAAUAUACUUACAGAAGCCUGUGCCCUGCAAAGGGGAGAUCGAGUAAUUGUGAUUCUGCCCAGGAUCCCCGAAUGGUAGCUUGCAUAUGUAGCCUGUCUGCAAACAGGCUAGUAUUUUAAUCCAGGAACCACUCAGAUGACCCAGAAAGACAUCCUCUACCGACUACCAUCUUCAAAAUCAAAGGGCAUUAUUACCAAUGAUGUUUUAGCUCCAGCAGUAGAUGGUGUUGCAUCUAAAUGUGAAAAUCUGCACUCCAAGAUAAUUGUGUCUCAGAGCCCCAGAGAGGGAUGGGAGAACCUCAAGGAGAUGAUGAAACAUGCCAGUGACAACAACACCUGUGUGAAGACAAAACACAAUGAGACGAUGGCCAUUUUCUUCACCAGCGGAACAAGCGGAUCUCCUAAAAUGACCGGACACACCCACAGCAGUUUUGGUUUAGGAUUAUCUAUAAACGGAAGGUUCUGGCUGGAUUUGACCCCUUCGGAUGUCAUGUGGAAUACCUCAGACACAGGCUGGGCAAAAUCUGCAUGGAGUAGUGUUUAUUCUCCACGGAUCCAGGGAGCAUGUGUACUUGCACAUUAUUUGCCACGGUUUGAGCCAACUUCCAUCUUACAAACACUUCGCAAGUUUCCCAUCACAGCCUUCUGUUCAGCACCAAUUGCAGAUAGAAUACUUGUGCAGAAUGAUAAGACCAGAUAAGAAAGAAACUAUAAGUUCAAGAGCUUAAAGCACUGUGUAAGUGCUGGGGAGUCAGUCAACUCUGAAGUGACUGAACAAUGGAGAAAGACAGGUCUGGAUAUCCACGAAGGAUAUGGACAGACUGAAACGGUACUAAUCUGUGGAAAUUUUAAGGGAAUGAAAAUUAAGCCUGGCUAUGGGAAGCCUUCUCCUGCUUUUGAUGUUAAGAUUUUAGAUGUAAAUGGCCCACCUAGACAAGGAGAUAUUGGCAUUUGAGUUCUACCUAACCGACCAUUUCGCCUUUUUACACAUUAUGUGGAUAAUCCUACAGAAACAGCUUCAACUCUAUGAGGCAAUUUCUAUAUCACUGGGGGGGGCUAUAUGGAUGAGGAUGGACAUUUCUGGUUUGUUGCAAGAGUGGAUGAUAUCAUAUUAUCCUCUGGUUACUGAAUUGGACCGUUUGAGAUAGAAAGUGCCCUGACUGAGCAUUCUGCACUUGCAGAGUUAGCUGUCGUCAGCAGUCCAGACCCCAUCAGAGGAGAGGUAGUAAAGGCUUUUAUUGUUCUGAACCCUGAUUAGAAGUCAAACGAUCAAGAACAACUGAAGAAGGAGAUUCAGGAGCAUGUAAAAAGAGCUACAGCACCUUACAAACAUCCCAGGAAGGUAGAAUUUACUCAAGAGCUGCCAAAGACUAUUAGUGGGAAGAUAAGAAAUGAACUGAGGAAGAAAGAAUGGGAAACAAUUUAAAUUCAUUACUUAUCAUGGUAUCUAUAAAAUAAGGCUCUGUAAAACCACAAGAUUAUGAAAAGGUGAUUUCAAAAUGUGACAGUAUGCUUAUAAACUAAUUGAUUUAAAAUAUCUUGUGGUUAUAACAUCAUAGGCUGAAUUCUGAACUAAAAUAUUCAGUAAAUUCCUCUGCAUUAGUGUCAAUGUUCUUAUAAUUUGGCAAUAUAAACAGAAUACCAUCAGC